ACUCUUACAUGCUGCUGUUUCCUGUUAUUCUUAUCCCUUGGACCACAAGAACUGUGAUCACAUCAACUUCAGCAUUUCUGAAUUUGAAUUGGUUCUGGACCACCAACCCGAGGCACCCCUGCAAGUGUCCUGAGGCACCCCAGGGUGCCACGGCGCACAGUUUGGGAACCACUGAUCUAAUAUACAGUUUGCCAUCUAGCAUAUCCGGAUAUUACAAGAUUUCUGUAUUUUAUCAAUAAUGAGUCAACACAGGAACAGACAAAGGGACAGAAAUAGAAAUGAUGGCGAUUUAGAUUACACUUGGGAAGUCAAAGCAAAUGGCAGAACAUUUAAUCGCUCAUUUACAAAGAAGAGUUACUAUUUUUUUACUAAGAAGAAAUAUGCUGACAACAGUAUUAGGACCAGUAAAUACAACUUCAUCACUUUCAUUCCUCUCAAUAUUUACGAGCAGUUCCACAGGGCAGCCAACCUGUACUUCCUAUUUAUAAUUAUCUUGCAGACCGUUCCUGCAAUUUCUACCCUGCCAUGGUUUGCAAUAAUGAUGCCCUUACUCUGUCUUCUCAUUGUACGAGGAAUUAAAGACCUGCGUGAUGAUAUUGCACAACACAGGAGUGACAAUGCCAUAAAUAACAGGCCAUGUGAAAUUCUCAAAGAUACAAGUUUUUCUCGGGAGAAGUGGAAAGACAUUCAGGUUGGAGACAUUAUUCGGCUACAAAAGGACCACUUUGUGUCUGCAGACCUGCUUUUAUUGUACACUUCCGAACCAAACAGCCUGUGUUAUGUAGAGACGGCAGACAUAGAUGGAGAAACAAAUCUAAAGUUUAAGCAAGCCUUAAUGGUUACACACAGCGGACUCAGCACAGCGGAGGCAUUGGCUACGUUUGACGGUAAAGUUACCUGUGAACAGGCCAAUAGAAACAUGCAUUCUUUUAUAGGAACACUGGAGUGGAAUGGAGAAAAGUAUUCUUUGGAUAAUGAUUGUAUUCUUUUAAGAGGCUGCAAGAUCCGGAACACUGAAUAUUGCUAUGGACUAGUCAUUUAUGCAGGAUUUGACACAAAAAUAAUGAAGAACUGUGGAAAAUUUACAGUAAAGAAAACUAAAUUGGACUUAAUGAUGAAUAAUAUUGUGGUGAUUAUAUUUGUGUUUUUGGUUGGCUGUACCCUACUGCUGGCCAUUGGAUCAGGUUUCUGGGCUAAGUGGUUUCAAGAAAAGCACAAUUAUAUUCCACCUUUGCCUUCCAACACGACACCCACCUACAGUGCAUUCCUCGUCUUUUGGGGCUAUACGAUAUUAAUGAGCACCAUAGUGCCAAUGUCAAUGUAUAUCACGUUAGAGUUCAUCCAUCUGGUCCAUAGUAUGUAUAUUGAUUGGGAUCUGAAUAUGUAUUUUGCGGAAAAUGACACUCCAGCCAAAGCCAGGUCAACUAGCUUGAAUGACCUGCUUGGACAGGUUGAAUACGUUUUCUCUGAUAAGACUGGCACACUGACACAGAACAUCAUGAAUUUCAAGAAAUGCUGCAUUAAUGGAAAACUCUAUGGCACAAACUCAAGCAAUGAGAAGAGUCUGGAGGCAGUAAGCUUCAGUUGGAAUAAAUAUGCUGAUAAAAAGUUCCGCUUCUAUGACCAGUCAUUAAUUGAUAUGGUCCACCAAAACGAAGAUGGAAUUAUGAAUGAGUUCUUCCGGCUGCUAGCAAUAUGUCACACAGUCAUGGUGGAUAGAAAUGGAGAUGAGCUGGUGUAUCAAGCAGCAAGUCCUGAUGAGGAAGCGCUAGUCACGGCAGCAAGGAAUUUUGGCUUUGUUUUUGUGUCCCGUACACAAGAUACCAUCACUACAAAUGAGCUUGGAGUAGAGAAAACCUACAAAGUCCUUGUUCUCCUUGACUUCAGUAGUGUUCGCAAGCGGAUGUCUAUAUUGGUCAGGGACCCUGAAGGAAAGAUUAAGCUCUACACGAAGGGGGCAGAUGAUGUUAUUCUAAAGCGACUUCAUCCAGAUUGUGCUACUGAAGAAAUGACAGAGAAAUCACUGGAAAUGUUUGCACAGGAGACUCUCAGAACUUUAUGUGUUGCUUUUAAAGACGUGGCUCCUGCCGUGUAUACAGAGUGGAGUAAAAGACACCAUGAAGCCAGUGUUACUCUGAAGAAUCGGGCACAGUGUCUGGAAAUGGUUUAUGAUGAAAUGGAAAGUAACUUAAUGUUACUUGGGGCAACUGCAAUUGAAGAUAAGUUGCAAGAUGGUGUUCCAGAAACAAUACAGUUAUUGAAAAAUGCUAAUAUGAAAGUAUGGAUGUUGACUGGAGACAAGCAAGAAACUGCAGUCAACAUUGGUUUCUCAUGUCAAUUACUCUCAGAUGACAUGGAUAUUUUGGAUGAACAACAGAUCUGUGAUAUCCUAGAUGAUUACUGGGAGCACAACAACAAUCUCUCAGGCAGUGGGCAGGAUCUUCUGGAUAACAGGAUUUUCAGGACACGGAAAGAAAGCCUACAAAGGAGAAGUAUGGCACUUGUAGUGACUGGAGACUUCUUGGGUCGGCUUUUAGGAACAGUUAAGUGGAAGAAACAAAGGGGUCUGCUUUUUCAGAAGCUAGCAGAUAAAUGCUGCAGAAGGAAGGUGAAUCCGUGUGACGAGGAGGAGAACCUAAGAGAAUAUGCAUUUGUAGACUUGGCAUCUGAAUGCCAGGCAGUCAUUUGCUGUAGGGUCACUCCAGCUGAAAAAUCUAUGGUCGUACAACUUGUUAAAAAGCACAAGAAGGCCACUACCCUGGCAAUUGGUGAUGGCGCAAAUGAUGUCAACAUGAUUAAAACGGCUCACAUUGGAGUUGGUAUCAGUGGUCUAGAAGGAACACAAGCUGUCCAGUCCAGUGACUAUGCUUUGGCUCAGUUUUCCUACCUUCAACGCCUUCUCCUUAUCCAUGGUCGAUGGUCUUACCUUCGAAUUGCAAAGUUUCUACGCUAUUUCUUUUACAAGACAUCUGCCAGUGUUCUAUGCCAUGUGUGGUUUGCAUUUUUUAAUGGAUUCACAGCUCUGACCAUCUUUGACAGCUGGUACAUAGCGUUUUACUCAAUAUCAUUCACUGCUUUUCCAAUCCUGUCCUUGGCAUUACUUGAGCAAGACUUUUGUGCUAAAGUGAGCCUGCAACUGCCUGAAUUAUACAAAGUGGGGCAAACCAGUUCUCUCUUCACUUACAAGAUAUUUGCAUGGUGUUUUAUAAAAGGGAUUAUAACUUCCUUAACAUCAUUUUUCAUGGUAUAUGGGGCAUGCCAAAACACUACAGGUCCCGGUAGUACCUGUGAUUAUCAAUCAUUUGCAGUAACAACAGCAACCGCAGUGAUCCUGACUGUUACACUGGAGAUCAUAUUUGAGAUGUCAUACUGGACACUUGUGUCAGGACUUGCAUUUGUCAUCAGUCCAAUCAUUUAUUUCCUGUUGUCACUUCUUACACAAACAUUUCCAUUCUUCAGAGUGAUGCCAACCAUAUUUCAGUUUCCAGAUGUAACAAGAAAUACAUUAAAGCAUGGAUUUAUCUGGCUCAUCAUCCUACUGGCAGUAGGGAUAAGUAUUCUUCCUUCACUUCUUGUCAGUUUUGUCACCAAAGUGAUCAGACAAAACCAAGUCCACCAGAGAGAUUCUUAUGGACCAAACAGGCAAUCGGAGGUGAAUACGGUGGCAAUGACAACACCUUUCAAGCGAGGAACGUUGAGCCGCAGAUCCAGCUAUGCUUUUUCCCACAAGGAAGGUUAUGCUGACCUUAUUACUAAGGGUACUAGUCUACGCAGGUCUAGAACAAAGGGCUCUAGUCAAGAGGUCCAAGAAGAAGUAUCUUAAAAACUCAAGUAAUAUUCAGUUAUUUGACCAUCAGUCAUUGCUCAAAACUACUUUUUGCUUGUUCUUUAUUAGAAUAAUAGGAUAUUUUCAUAUAUUAGAUAUUAUAUUUUAUAGGUCAUGAAAACUAAGGUCAAUCAUUUUGAUUCAUAAUGAUUACACAUAAAUAUCAAAAAAUGAUGUGCUUACAUGAGGGAUUUUAUGGUACGUUAAAAUGUGUACAAUUACUAUGACUACUAGUAUCAAUGGAAACAAUUGAUCAGUUUACACUUUUAUACACAUGGGGUGUUUUAUCUCAGGUAUGUGUGCUGUUAUCACAACCAUCUGAUGCGGAGAUAUAUUUUUAGGUGGGUUGGGUAUUGGUUCCCAGCACUUAUAAUGCCAGCAGUCAGAAGACCGACAUCGGCAUCACAACAGCCAGGAUCCUGACACUUUUAGGUUAAGUAUUGCAACCUCCCUCUUCCUUCCCCCUAACCCUCAUUUCCCACAGUCUAACCCUAACUCCCCUCUUCCCGCAGCCUAACCCUAACCCUUAUCCCGGCACCCUAACCCUAAUGCUCCCCCUGGCAGUCUAACCCUAACCCCCCCUCCCCUGCAGCCUAACCCUAACUCUCCACCCAGCAGCCUAACCCUAACCACCACCACCCCUCCCUGCAGCCUAACCCCAACCCUGCUCCCGCAGCCUAACCCUAACUUCCAGCAUAGGCACUCUGACAGUUUCUUCAUAGUGUUCCGUGAACCAUAUUUGCAAUACUUUAAGAGCGCAUUAACAAAGCAGUGAACACAGCUCAGAACAAAUAUAGUACUUACUAAAUUUGAAAAGAUACCAGCCUCU